AGUGCUCGCUUCCUACGUUUGAUUUUGUUUGCAAUCUUAUGUGCGCAGAAACUUCAUUUAAAGUUGUUUUAAAAAAGAAUUCCAUUCUAUAAAAUAAUUAACUAUUUCUUUCUAAUUUUGAGUGAAGAGUUUUUUAUUCUGUCUACAAUGGCUGACGAUGGAAACAGACCCGUCGUUGAAUUGUUUGUUAAAGCAGCUGUCGACAAGAUGAAAAAUGGUGGCUGCCCCAUGUGUCACAGGUACUUCAUGAUCUUCUACAUACUCCGAGAGAGAGGACUAAUUGAUCUGAUCGUCACAACAUUUUUGCCAGAAUCUCCCCCAAAAGAAGUUCUAGAUUUCAGUAAUGGAAAACGUUUCCCACUAGUGAAGGUUCAAAAAGGAGUAGAUGGCAAAGGUCGUGACAUAUCAGGGCUUGAAUGCGACACUGUUGAUGAGAUUGAGGCCCUAAUCGAGCGAUUCAACUGCGAUGACAUGAGGUCAAGGAAGGAGUCUGCUGCUGAGGCGACUGCAGAAAAGACUUUUGAAGAUCUUUACAUGAAAUUCUGUCAAUUCCUGAAAAGCCAGAACAACGACCCGACGUCCAUCAUAAAAGUUCUGGAGAAGAUUGAGAGCCACCUCGCGAGCAACGAUGGGGAGAUGUACAUGACAGGCAAUAACAUGGCAAAGGCUGACUGCUACCUUCUCCCUGUCCUGCAGCAUGUUAGAGUUGCCGGAAAGGCCUACAAGAACUUUGAAAUCCCAACUGAGAUGCACCGCAUCUGGAAUUACCUGAAGCAUGCGUACGACUCCGAUGCAUUCCAAGAGUCGUGCCCUGCCGAUAGAGAGAUCAUCACACAGUAUAAUAAUAAGGCUUCCUGUCAGCCUCAGGUUCCUCUUGGCAAAUCUACCCUAAUGGGAGAGGAGAGAACAUUUAGUAUUCCAGAUCAGAAGAUGAAGGCCUAUGAUCACGAUGAUUACUAGAGAUGAUGUUUUUUGAUAUAUAUAUAUAUCUGAUAUGUUGGAUUGGAAUUAUGCUUUUUGAUAUAUAUAUAUAUAUAUAUAUAUAUAUAUAUAUAUACAUAUGUAUAUAUAAUAUGAUAAAAUACUUGAAUAUUCAGACACAUUCACAUGCAUGUAUCAAUUCACACAUACAUUACAUGCAUUGUAAUAAGGGAAUGUAGUAGCCCUCACACACACACACACACAUAUAUAUAUAUAUAAUCAGCUUUAUACAUUUUGUUGUUUAGAUGUCGCACUCAUUCGCAUUUUGUUUGAAAUCUAAGUUUACUUUUUGACAUUAAAAUUUAUCUUUGUUUUAUCAUUAUUAUUGUUAUUUGUUUUUUUUCUUGAUUUAUUAUCAGCUCAUCAUUGCUUAUCAUGUCUAAUCAUAGUUUAUAUGUAUGCAUAUAUGUAAAAUACUUACGUGUGUGUGUGUGUGUGUGUGUGUGUGCGUGUGUGUAUUUGUUUGUUCUUAUGAUAUAUUACUCUGUUAUAAUGCUAUAUUGUUAUUAUUCUCAUUGCUUAUAAUUCAAUGUGUUAAAGUAUAUACAUACAUAUAGUAUAAUUAUAUUUAUAUAUAUAUAUAUAUAUAUUAUUUUUAUUUAUUUUAUUUUUAUAUAUUUAUUCACUAGUAAGUUAUGUAUCUGGAGUUUAUUUUUAUGAUUUUAAACCUUCAUGUGUUAGCCAACCCUUUAAGAUCUUAUUUUACGUAUUUGCUAUAUUAAUCACACACUCACACAUAUAUAUAUAUAUAUAUACAUCCAUACGAACAUACAUACACAAACACAUACAAACAUACAUACACAUAUACAUACCUACAUACACCUCCAUUCUAACAUAUAUAUACACGCAUACAUGCAUACACAUAUUCAUAUAUACAUAGCUACACAUACAAAUUCAUAUGUGCACGUACAUACAAAUACAUACAUAUCACAUGCACAUUAUUAAACCAUGACUUGUUUUAGAUUCGGAAUUUUAGUUUGUGUCUGUAUGCUUAGCGUCUAUUUUAAGUUUGCUUAGUUUAAAUGAAUGAAUAAAUAGGGAGAGAGAGAGGGAUUGUGAAAAUAUGAGAGAAAUUAGAUUAAAGAGUACUUUAUGAAUACUCUAAUUGUGUUUUUAUAGAAAGAGCUUUUUAUUUUUUUAUGUUUUUCAUCAAUAUUUUAUGUAGUUUUGUUAUUGAUCGAAUCGACAAUGAUGUAUUUGUUGUUAUUGUAGUUGUUGUUGUCAUUAUUGUCGUUGUUGCUGUUAUUGUUGUCAUUACGAUUGAAUUAAUUACUGAUCACAUGAAUUAAUAAUGAAUUAAUUAAUCUGAAAUAUCAAUCAAUAAUUCAUCAUCAUCAUCUUUAUUAGUUGCCAGUUCCUUUGAUAAAUUUUUUCUAAAUUUAAGUAUUUUAUUUCUUUUUUUUUGUUGCUAAAUUUGUUUUCCUUAGAAGUGGUUUACAAGAGCCGAGCUAGUAGCAAAAGUUUGUUUUGUGUUUUUUUAAAUGUUUUUUUAAAUUUUUAACAAAACGAUCUGUAUGUGGAA